AUGUAUUCUUCAAACAGUCCAAAUAACUCGGUAGCUUAUUACAAUGGCCACAUAUAUACAGUCAACCCUGCCCAACCCUGGGCUGAGGCUUUCAUUGUCUCGGCAACCGGUAUAAUUGAGGCAAUUGGUACCGAAGAGGAAAUCUUCAAGAUUGCUAACUCACGAAACCUCAUCCGAUAUGAUCUCGCUCAAAGAUUCGUCAUGCCGGGUAUCCAUGAUGCCCACACCCAUCUGCUGCUUGCCAGCAUGCAAGCCUUGAACGAGUCAUCUAUUGGCUUCGACUCUGGUGCGAGCAAUAUCAGUCAGCGAUUGCAAGACGGUAUAUGUGCUUGUGCUUAUCACAAUGUGGCUGGAGACUGGGUAAUUGGCAAUUUCUAUCAAGCUAGUUUCUUCCCUGAUGGUAUCCCCGAUCGCAAAUACUUGGAUUCCAAGUAUCCAACCACACCAGUACUCGUGCGGGAGGUUUCUUGCCAUCGCAUUCUUCUCAACACUCCGGGGUUGAAAAGAGCAGGAAUCGAUCCUGUUCAUGCAGUUGAUCCACCAGGCGGCUUUUAUGUCCGCCGUCCAGAUGGAAGCCUAACUGGAGAAGUCGCUGAAAGCGCCAUGAGCCAAGUCUUCUCGAAGCUCCCCAUUACGCCUUUAUCUCACGCCAAACGAGCGUUGGAGUUUGGCAUACGCAUGUGUCUCAAGUAUGGAAUCACAUCCUGCCAGGAAGCCUCCGCCAACUCGCUAUACCUCCAUGCCGUCCAAGAACUGGAGCAGGAAAAUCGUCUCGACCUCGACAUCUAUACUCAUAUUGUCUGUGCACCUGAGACAUUUGCCAUGGAACCUCGCGAUAGUCUAGCAGCCUUGCUAGAUGUGGCCAAUGGCUUCCGCAGCAAGCAUGUGCAUACAAACUUUGUCAAGUUCUGGCUCGACGGGGCUCCUUUACCUCCACAAUUCACCCAGUGUGAUCUCGACGCGGAGGGUCGUCCGGCGCAGAAGCAUAUGGUGAUUGACUGGCGCUUCUUGGAGGAAGCGGUGACAAAAUAUGAUGCGCGUGGUAUGACCUGCAAACUUCACGUUGCGGGAGAGGGAUCUGCUCGUGGCGCUCUGGAUGUCCUGGAACGAGUUCGAAAGGCCAACCCCAAUGGGCCAAGACACGAGCUGGCGCAUUGUAGUGCAGUUCACGAGGAUGAUAUCCCUCGUUUUGCGAAAAACCGAAUCACUGCCGAGAUGUCCCCUGCCAUUUUCCAUGAACCAGUCGUUCAAGAGAUACCACACCUACUCAAGUGGGCAUUCAAUCAGGUCCUAGAAACAGGAGCCCACAUGACGAUCGGAUCAGACUGGCUACUUCCAGAAACACCUAGCCUUUUCGAUUCACUUGCUGCUAUCGUUGAGAAGGUUGAAGUGUGGCCUGGCGGCCGCAAGAGCUCAGCUUUGGAAUCCGGAAAAACUACCAAGGAACGGGGAGGUGAGAUCUUAUGCCGGGUCAUCACGCUUAGCGGCGCAGAGGCAGUUGGGGCUCAAGAUCGGACUGGCAGUCUGGAAGUUGGAAAGAAGGCCAACUUUAUUGCUGUGGACCGUGAUUUGAGCAAGGGCAAUUUCUCUGGGGCUACUGUUUUGAAGACUUGGUUCGAAGGGCGGUUGGUCUAUGAUAGCAAGGAGCAUGGGUCUGCUACGACACUUUCAACCACUAACAGCAGGUUGUGA